CAGUGCGGCUGCUGGAAACCCACAGAGACUAGUGGAGAAGCAGACCAGCUUUGAUAGACAGCUUGACUCUUUAACUGACUUGCUGUCUGAGAUGGAGACCAAGGGACCUUUCAACCCUAAGUUACCGAGCCAGUAUUCUUCAGCACCAGCACCCAAACCUUCAGCUCCUCCACCGACCGCUCCUAAACCAGCACUCUCCUUCCUCCCACCUCCUGAGAUGGGAGACCGCCCGCCUCCAGCACCCUGGGCAGAAGAACUCAAAGCCAGAACGAACCGACAAGCCAAUCACAACAACUCUGCACCAAACGCUGCUGCUCAGCCGUUCGCUAAGGCGCCCGCUGUGGCUCCCAAGUUCGGAGGGAGAACGGCCACAUCAUCAACCGCUCUGGCACAAAAACUGAACCAGAACCUGAAUCAGAACACCACCCCAAUCAGUGUAGCACCAAAACCUUCCCCUCCCACUGCAACCAGUUCUUUCCCUCCACCUCCCGCUGCCACCAGCUCUUUCCCUCCACCUCCCGCAGCUCCCCCUGCGCCUCCUGCUGCUCCACCAAGCAAUGUGGCGGCUGCCCCAGCCUCUAAUCACAUAAAGAGCUCUCCCUUUGUCAGUCAGGUGAACGCAAACCAAAAUCCUCCCGCUGCUGUGCCUCCGCCUCAACCCAAGACAAUGGCGUCUCCCCGGCCCUCCUUUAGCCAACCAACAAAAACUCCCCCUUCAUCAACGCCCUCACCCCCUGGCCCAAUUCCUAUCCCAGGCGGAGGUGUUCCUCUUAACAUGAGGGAAGUGGAGGAGCUGGAGAGAAUGACCAAGGACUUCAUCAAAGACAUGGACACACAUGCACCCGUCAUCACCUCCCCUCCUACAGAGGUCUGUGGGAAGUGUGGCGAGGCUCUGUCCCGUACCCAGCCGGCAGUGAGGGCCAUGGAUAAACUCUUCCACUCCAACUGCUUCUGUUGCAUGAGCUGCCAUCGCCCCCUGCAGGGCAUGCAGUUCUAUGACAGGGACGGCUCACCGCAGUGUGAGGACUGCUACAUGAGUUCCCUGGCAGUGUGCUCCCGAUGUGGGGAGAAGAUUACAGACCGCGUGCUGAAGGCGGUGGGCCAAUGUUUCCACGCCCACUGUUUCCGCUGCAGCACCUGCUCCUGCACUCUUGAGGGGGCGCCCUUCAUCACCGAUGACAACAACAACCCCUACUGUGUCCAGGAUUAUCACAGGCGUUUCUCCCCCCUGUGUGUGAGCUGUAAUGAACCCAUUAUUCCAGCCGCUGGCAGCGAGGAGACGGUCAGAGUGGUGGCUCUCGACAAGAACUUCCACCUUAAGUGUUACCGUUGUGAGGAUUGUGCUCGCCCUCUCUCCAUAGAAGCCGAUGAGAAUGGCUGCUAUCCACUGGAUGGUAGGAUCCUGUGUAUGAAGUGCCACACCCAGCGAGCCAAGCAAGCUGCGCAGUGAUUGCCCCACCCCUCCUCAGAUUAACUAUGAACCAAAUCCAAAAAGCACAGGAUUCAUUCAGCUGCCGUUUUUGCCUUUGCAACAGGGCUUUUAGUCAGUAUAUGUGUGCAGGUGUGAGUGAGAAUAUGCCGUGUGGAAAAAAAGGUAUGUUUGCAUGCAGAUACAGUGUAGUAUUGCCCCGUCUCUGUUCACUUCAGUGCAGAAGUAAUGUACUGCAUUGAAAAAAACACCCCUUCGUCUUUUGUUCCUAAUCUCCCAACUUUCCGGUCUCUAAUCUAGAAUUCUUUGUGUUACUCAAGCGUAUUUUUUUUGUGCCAAUUCAAUGUUUACGCUAAAAUUUCCAGCAUAACUUGCACAAGAACAGUUUGGUCAAAAGAGCAGUCUGAUUAAAAAUAAAUAAAUAAAGUUGCCUUUCUUUCUCUCUCCUCAAUAUUGUUAGUAGCAUCAUACUGAGUACCGUACUGAGAUAUUGUCAUCUUAAGACUUUCACUGGCUGGCCUCUUUCCCUGUGAGCAUUGUAGCUACAUCAGUGUUACUGACAUGGAUUAUUACCAUAGGGAGAGAAGUAUCAGGGAUCACCACUCUGAUUGGCUGUUGGUAGCGUAUAUCUUUAACACUUUGGCAGUUGUUGUGCCUGCAAGCAUGGUUAAUAAUGCUUACCUGCCUAGAAAGUGCUUCAUAUCAGCCAAUCUACUCUGAUAGCAUUUUAAAGUCGUUUAGGGCUAAACGUUGUCUGCAAAAAAAAAAAGAAAAAAAAAAGAGAAAACAGUGAAUGGCGCUCUACGUUUUUCGUGAUGUAAGUUUGAUCAUUUACAGGCAUGCAUUGAAUUGUCUUGUUAUUCUCUCGCUUGUCUUGGAUCAUACAUACUGUAUAAGGGCAAGAUGAGAACAAAAAAAAAUGUUUUUUUUUUUCUUCUCAAAAAUAAUUCAGAGCUGAUUUAACAGCAUAUUUUUAGAUGCAUGCACAAAUUUUGAACAAACAGACGAGCACAGAUUCGCCAAGCACAGAUUCCUUUCCAGGGAUCUCAUAUUAAAAAAAAAAUUUGUUCUAAAUGCCAGGUGCAUGGCUGAAAACAGGACCUAUUAUGUGAUCGUUGCACAGUUCCAUAGUGAAAUAAAAUACCCUUUUUUAGCGUCACUGUGACUCUAAAGCACCUGCACAUGGUCAAUCUUUAGUAAACGCCAUCUAGAAACAUAUUAGUUUUUGAUAUGCAUUUUUCUUGGAAUCUUUUGCUUUAAAUAACAUAAUUUAUGGACAUUUUCUUAACUAAGUAUUAAGGUUAUAUGUGUUAUACCUGUCCAUACAGCAGGAUCAUAGAUGAGUCGAGGCAUUAGCUUUGAGUUUUAGGUGACAGAUGUUAAAACAUAGUGACCAAAUAUUUCGAAGCUGUUGACAAGAUUAAGGUUCAUUAAAACUGUUAAAUGGGAUGCAAUGUUUGUUUGUUUUUAACCACCUUUUUUGUGUUUGAGCCCAUUUUUCUUGGUCUGGAUCUAUACUAUUGUUACAGUAAAUACCACUAUUCCUUCAUUGUUCAUCUUUUGUACUCUGUUCAUUUAUUCUUAUCUUACUGUACUGUAUUUCAUUGAUAAAUGCUUACAAUUACUCUGUUUCAUUUUUAACCUGGAGAUGUGCCUUCUCCGCUAUUGUAUUCCAUUGUUCCUUUUUGAAUCGAGCCUGGUUUGCAGCCACAGAAAUUCAUUCCACAAUAAAGAAAACAGUUGUUUCUUGUGCUUGCAUUAAGCCUGGUGCAGUAUAACACCAGAACGACUAACAAUUGCAAUAGUUAUUCAGCAUUGCAUGCUUACUGUUUAGGUGGUGGUGGCAUUUCUUCUAGUAUUAUGUCGUCUUUUUGCACCAACUACUCCUACCACCUUUGUGCCCCUGCCUUUGUCAUCACUAUGUGAUAUUAUACGUAUGAUGAUGCCUUCACAGUUGCAUUUAUCUGGAGUUUUUUUUUUUAUUGUGUUAUGUCCAAUUGUAUUCCAUGCGGAUGCCUUGUCUUUUCAUAUAACUUUUUUAUAAAUUCCUGUUUGAUAUGUGUGAAUGUGUAUAUGUUUAAAAACAUUAUUUAGCCCCACCCCUCCCACUUUGGCUGUAUCAAAAGAUAAACAAAUAAAUAAAAUGCUAAAUACCAAA